AUGUUGACUAGGAAAAUUUUAAAGUUAUCUAGUAGUGCUCAAUUUGUUUUUAGGAGAAAAAUCUUGCCUUUAUGUAGCUGCGAAAAUGCACUGUAUUAUAGGUCCAUAAGAACUGGUAACAGCAAGGAGGUAAAUGCUGAGAAAAGUUCUGUAAAUCAAAACCAAAUAUUGUUUUCUGGGGGCUUACCAAAAGAUGUAAGAAUUAAUAAAACCCCACUUUCACCAGAAGAUCUCUUAGAGAAAUUAAUUAGUGGUCUCACAUCUAGCAUAUAUCAAAAGCAUAGAGUAUACAAAAAUGAUUUAGUAAGAGUUAUAAAUAAAGUAAAGGAACUUAACUUUUCUACUAAAAAACAACAGUUGCUACUUAUAAGUUGUUGUUCAGAGUAUUUGCCAGAUGAAACUCCAGCAACAAGGAUGACACUUGUGGAGGAAGUGUGGGAUAUCAUAAAGGGACAUUCCAAAAUAGAUGUUGGUCAUUACAAUGAAUUAUUGACAGUAUAUAUAGCAAACAAGCGGACUAUAGUACCUAGUGGCUUUGUAGAUCAGAUGGCACCUGUGAAGCCAAAUGAUGCAACAUAUGCACUAAUGUUGAAAGCUCUGAGUGAGGGUGGCGACAUUAACCGGGCAACAGAAGUCAUUUCAAAUAUGAAGGCCUUAGGUAUACCAGCUAGUAGGGAUGUUUUUAAUUCACUCAUAGUAUGCCAUGGUAAAGCAGGAAAACUAAAUGGCAUUACAGAGGUACUGACUAUGAUGAAUUCCUUGAAAAUAACAAAAUCAGUUGAUACAUAUGUAGCAACAGCGAGAGCUUUAGCUUGGAAUAAGAAAAAUACACUGCUUGUAGAAGAGUUAACAAAGGCACAAAAUGGUGGCAUAAUUUUUGAAGAACAGCACAUAAUGGAAAUUAUUAAGACACUAGCAGCUGUUGUGAACUAUGAACCUGUACCAAAAGUGUUACAUUUUCUACCCGAAGAAAUUCUGAAGACGCCCUCUAUAUCCCCUUAUAUGCAAAGUGUCGCUACGCUCCUCGUCUUCCAAAAUCAUCCAUUAGUGGCGUUAGAGAUAUAUAAAUGUCUAUCGCUACCAUCUUUUGGGCCUAAGGACGACCAAGGAUUGCAUGGAAGAAGUCUGGUUAGAGACUGCGUAAAGGCAUCGCUGCCUUCCAGCGUAAUCGCGCUGGUAACUCAAGAACUGAUGUCAUCGGGUAGAAACUCAAUUGCACUACAGAACGCGUCGGAAUGCGCCUUGCAGCUGGGCAAAGUACCACUUGCUCUAGAUAUGUUCACCAGGAUGAAGCUACUAGGAAUGCCUUUGAGACCGCACUUUUUCUGGCCAAUAUUGGUGCAUAAUUCGAAGACUUAUGGCGAAAAAGGUAUAAUGAACACGCUCACCACAAUGGUGUCUAUGGACGUGAAACCAGAUUACGAUACUGUACUCCUCUAUGUCCUUCCGUUCGUCAGUUUUACGUCGCCGCAGAAUUUGAUGAAGAAGUUUCUAGAAACCGGUCUCACUGUAAGCUCUGUGUUGACACCUAUGAUGGAGACUCUACUGAAUACGGGACAAGUUAGAGCCGCUAGCGAGAUUUGUGAGCUCUUUCACGGCAAAGUAGAUUGCGAACAUAUAAUCAAGCCAUUACAUAAGGGAUAUUUAAUAAGUGGUGAUUUGAAAUCAACGGUGCACAUACUAGAAGAUAUGUCGGAAAAGGCCCUUGACAAGAGCAGGGAUUGGGUGGGACGAUUCCUCUGUUUUUUCAUGAAAAGCAAGAGGGUUAGGGAAGACGUGAAUGACGUACUUAAUAUUGCUUUGGCCCUAAAAGAAACCUCCUUAAGAAUUUCAACAGCGGCGUGCGAUAUGUGCAUUUCGAAAGUACCGGACGAUUUUAAGAAUAAGGACAACUUGAAGAACGCUCUAAUCAACAUUAUGGACGAAAAGAUCGUUGACGAUGGAGAGAUGUUCGUACAUCAUAUGCCACAUCCGAAACAUAUGAACGAAAGUUCUCUUCGUGCGCACCUGAAUGAAUUGGAAGCUAAGGGCAUGAACACACGCGGUGUACUUCGAAGACUUCUGCAGCAGUACUGCAAGGAAGGAAAUCUGACUUCAGCCAGAACAAUUGUCGAGAAGUGUCAGAAGGAAGGGGUAUUCCUGUCAGCUGGCAUGAAAGCGGCCAUUUUCGACCUACACGUGAAGCUAGGCGAGCUAGACUUAGCUGAAAUAGCGCUAGCCGAUCUAACCAGGACUGCGCCUAACUUCACGUUAGAUGAAUACAAGGUCAUUGACUUCGCGACACUGAUGGUGUAUAGGAAAAAGAUUGGUCAAGCCUUUGCGCUAAUACAGGAGCAAUCUAAAAAAAGACGAGUAACGGGGGGUCAGAGUAUUUCUAUGAACUGCUGGCGACUGUUAGACGCGGUAGCUGCACAGGGGUCCCACGUGGAGACAAGGAAAUUGUUUGAGUUACUCAACUCUUUGAACUAUUGCAAGCCGUCGAACACACUAUUAGGGCCUUUGGUCAGGGCGCACUUGAAACUGGAAAAUCACCAAGAAGCGGUCAAGGAAUUCCAACGCUUAGCUAACAAAUAUAACAAGACGCCCUUAAAACAUGAGUUACUAUGCAGCAUAUUAAAAGUGAUGGGGGAAGGCAAGUCUGAAGACUUCUUCCUCGUUACAGAAAAGGUCAAUGGAAGAUACAAUAAAAUGGUGAACACGAUACUUAACGUGUGCAAGAAGGUCCACGGCUCCGGUGAUGUACAACUAUCCCUCAUAUCUGCUUUAGCCGAUGUUGGCUAUAAGAAGACCCUAAGAAGCCUCCUCCUAGACCCCACCUUUACUUACCACCCGGAAGCUCUACUCCGAUACUGCGAACGUUUUGCGGACGAAAAACGCCUGGACGCGCUGGAAGCGAUUGCGGAAUGUUCCAAGGACCUGCGUCAUAUUGAUGUUAAUGAGAUAUACAACUUAAUGCUGGGCGUUUAUCAACGAGACGAUGAUUACAAGAACGCACUCGCUCUAUGGAACCGGAUGCAAGACGCCGAAGUUAUUCCCUCGCAGAAGUUUGUACGCAACUUCUGUUCUCUCUUCAAGGCCAACAACAAACCCCUACCUGGAGAGUUGUCCCUACUCUUGGAUAAACAAGUGAAAUCCGCCAACGCCUGA